GGGGCUGACGACGCGGUGGCGAGGCAAUCGCACUUAGUCGGGUUUGUCCGCGUCCACGAACGGGAUUUCGCUAGAACCUCAUUAAGUGCGAUUGGUAGCCCUGAUCGCCAUUUCCCCGCGUCUUUACUUUUCAAUUUGAAUCCAAGCAACGGAAGCGCGGAGAGACACAUCGACGCGGAAAGGACAGACUCGGAAGCAGCAUGGCCGAUCAACAUACCAAAGUGUACAUUGCAGACAGCAAGGUGUCGUGGAUUGCGGCAGAGAUUCUUCGGUCCGACGACAAUUCCGUCGAGGUGCAGACAUUUCCAGACCCGUCAGAAGAAGACAUGGACGAUCACCCACAAACACUAUCCCAACGUACCGUCCCGAAAGCCAGCGUGUGCCUCCAAAACGAACUCCCUCAAGAAGGAUGUGAAGAUAUGGUCAACUUGAAUUACCUCCACGAAGCUGCUAUCUUGUACAACCUGAAGGCUCGCUUUCACUGUGGGUUGCCCUACACUUACACCGGUCCCAUUUGUAUCGCAGUGAAUCCCUACAAAUGGCUUGACAUAUACAACCCAACAAUUCAAGAGCAGUACUUAGACACCAACAGACUCGCUGAACUGCCACCGCACGUGUAUGCUGUGAGUGCACGCGCGUUUCAUCACAUGAAAACAACGGGACACAACCAAAGUAUCCUCGUGAGUGGUGAAUCCGGUGCAGGGAAGACCGAAACCACGAAGAUCCUAAUGUCUCACUUGGCGACCGCGGGCGAUCGUGGCGAUGCCCACAACAGGGACAUCACGCUCAACAUUGUCGAGCGCGUUUUGCAGUCGAAUCCGCUCAUGGAAUCCUUUGGGAAUGCUAAAACAUCGCGUAACGACAACUCGUCGCGAUUCGGAAAGUUUAGCGAGCUGCAAUUCAAUACCGACGGCGAACUUGUGGGGGCUCGAUGUAUCACAUACCUGCUGGAGAAGUCUCGAGUAUCGACCCAUGGCAAAGGUGAACGCAACUAUCACAUAUUCUACCAGCUGCUGGCAGCGCCGCAAAAAUUUCGCGAGCGCGUUGAGCUUCCCGAAUCUGACCCAACUGUAUUUCCAUUCUUGAGAGGCGUCGCUUGUGACGAUGGAAAUGCCGUCAAGGAAUUGGACGCAGAAUUUUUCCAUCGGACGUUGAAGGGCCUUACGACCCUCGGUAUUUCCGAAGAGGAUCAAAUGUCUGUGUUUGGAGUAGUGGCAGCCAUUUUGCACCUUGGUCGCGUGGAUUUCACAGGAGGCGAUCAAGCUACCAUGGUGGCAGAUUCCACCACGGUCACAGCGAUUUCCAAAUUGCUCGGCUUGGACGCGCAGGAUUUCGAACAGAGCUUGUGCACCCGUCAAAUGUCUGCCGGUCUGGAUACAUACACGGUCCCGCACACAAUGGACCAGGCGACGAAUGCACGAACAGCGUUGGGCGUGGCAUUGUAUAGCAAGCUGUUUGAAUGGUUGGUCACCCAUGUGAAUGCAUCGACGACGUCCAAGAUGCAUGUAGCUCAACGAAUCUGUAUUUUGGACAUUUUUGGGUUUGAAAUCUUCGAAACCAAUUCAUUUGAGCAACUCUGCAUCAACUAUGCCAACGAGAAACUGCAACAAAAAUUCACGCAAGACGUGUUCAAGUCGAUUCAAGUCGAGUACGAAGAAGAGGGCAUUCCAUGGACCAAGAUCGAAUAUGCUGACAACAUGAACGUGCUCGAACUGAUCGAAGGACGGUUUGGGCUCUUGGCUCUGCUAAACGAAGAAUGCAUGCGACCCAAGGGUUCGGAUGCUGCGUUCACAAACAAGUUGUCGGCCCAUUACAACGACAACGAUCGCUUUGAAUUGCCACGUCUCAAGCGCAACUGCUUCACUAUCCACCAUUAUGCUGGUCAAGUAAUCUAUGAAACGAGUGGAUUCCUCGUCAAGAACACGGACAUGUUGCAACGCGAUACCUUGCUGCUGUUGAACCGAUCAUCAUCUCCGUUUGUCCUGUCGCUGUUCCCGCAAGCUGAAAAGCCGGUCACGAACCGCCUCAAGCGGUCGAAUUCGAUUUUGGGCGACUCUGUGGGUACCCAGUUCAAGUCGCAGUUGAACGCUCUCAUGGAAGACAUUCGUCGCACUCACGUGCAAUACGUGCGCUGUAUCAAACCCAACGCAACCAAGAGCUCGUCACUCUUCUCCAAGGGAAGUGUCACGGGGCAAUUGCAAUGCGCGGGUGUCGUUGAAGCCGUGAAGAUCAGUCGAUCGGCGUUCCCGAACCGCCUCACUCAAGACCACUGCUUGGACCGGUUUCAAAUGCUUUUGCCGAGACACCCAGUGCCAGUCGCAUCAUGCGACGAAUUUUUGGCGCAAAUGCUGCCCACCUCGGACUACCAGCUGGGUAAAACCCGUGUGUUUUUCCGUGCCGGUGCCCUCGAACGCUUGGAGGAACUCCGCACGACGAAGCGCAACAAAUGCGCCAUCCACCUCCAGCGUAUGUUGCGGGGUUGGCUCGCUCAGAGCAAAUUUCGGACUCUUCGAUGCGCCGCCGUGCGGCUGCAGGCGUAUUCCCGAGGAUAUAUGGUGCGCCAGCGAUACUUGGCAAUGCGGCAGGCGGCCAUCACUCUGCAAUGCGCCGUUCGAUGCUACGUGGCUACUCACAUUGUACAUGGCAAGCGGCGCACGAAACGCGCGACUCAGAUUCAGUCUGUGGUGAAGAUGCAUCGUGCGCAAAAAGCAUACGGACGAAUUCGCCAUGCCGUACUGAAGAUCCAAUGUCUGGUUCGAGGUUUUAUCGCAAAGAAGACCUAUGCCCGCAUGUUGGUGCAAGCCAAAGAAGAGGCGAAGUUGGAGAACCAAAUUCAGCGUCUCAAGGAUCGUUUGCGCGAAGAAAAGGCUCGCAACGAGCAACUCCAGCGCCGUUCGAGCAUGAUGGUGGACGCCCCUGGCUUGGAUCAAGAAUUGGAAGGGGCGAGCGGAAUGAUCGACCAAUUGCGAUCGGAAAUGGCCUUGCUCAAGGAAGCAAACGCGGCUUUGAAAGCGCAAAAUGCCACGCUAAAGAAGGAAAAGGACCAAAUGGAGCGGGGCGCGUACGUCAAUGGCGCGUCCUUUACAGCGGCCAAUCAACGUGCUAUCAAGCUCCAAGAAGAGGUCGAGUACCUCAAGCAGGCCCAUGUCCGUAUUAAGGACACGCACAAGACUCUUCGCCUGCAAUCUGCUCAAGGUGUUGACACAAUUCGCCACUUGCAACUUGAACUCCACCAAGUUGUGUGUGAACGCAAUGCGUUGCAACAGAGCCACGUCAACCUUCAAAAUCACGUUCAAACGUUGGAAGCCGAAAACAAGGAACUCACAACUGUGAACGCCCGUUUGCGAGUCAUUUUGCGCCAAGAUCCCAUUUUGAAUCGCAAGUCGCGAGACGAAGUUGCGGGACUAAUGAAGACCGUGCGUCAUGCUCAAGAAACUCGCAAACCAAACUCUGUGUCAACUGUUGUCCAACAAUCUCCUACGGCCAAUCCGUCGUUGGUUUCUGUGCCGCAACUGCAACCAGAAGUCGCAUCCAUUCUCCUUCCAAAGGUCGCCCGCACGAAAAAUCCCGCGCAGCGCGUGAUCAACGUGGUCACUGCGCCAGAGACUGCCGUGACCGGAAUCCGUCAGCCCAAGGGGGCUGAUGGAGGGUUGGAGUUCCCUGGUAAAGUCAUGGGGAUGGAACCAAACACCGACGUAGAUGAUGUCAAGUUUCGCAUCACGUUGUUGGACGAAGAGAAGGACCCUCAAGCGACGCAACCGCCUCUGCCAACUCAACCAUCAGCCAUGACGUUGCCGUUGCCGCCACCGACAAACGUCGCAUCUUUUGCCCCUGCUGGUACAAAUAUCAACAACCAUUGGAAAUCAUCCCAGCAUCCUCAGCAACACAUCAAGCAACAAUCGCAGCGUGCUAACAGUGGAAGUGGUUCGUCAUCCCGACGAUCCAGCAACGCGUCAGACAGCGACCGUCCUCGAAGCCACAGCAACUCAACCAAGUCACAAUUGGCACAAUUCCGUCGCAACAACACCAGCAACCACCACCACUCGCCGCCACCUACCUCACAACAGCAGCAACAGCAUGGCGGUGGUCGCAUGCAGCGACAAAACUCGUCCAACAUCCAACAGCAGCGCUCGACGUACCCCACUGCGUCGUUGACUCCGUCGCACUAUGCAAAUGGUACCCAUGGACAAAACGGACACAACGUGUUCGCUGCGCCAUUCCAAGCCACAUCGGGUGUGUUUGCGCCGCCACAAUCGACGCGGGUGCAGCGCGCAGGUUCGAUCACUCCGCCGCCGCUGCCACCGCCGCAGCAACCCCCCGCUCCGCCCGGCUCCAGUGUAUUUGGUCGAGGCGGUCGCCAUGUCGAGAUUUAGAUGUAUACCACAAGUACAGAACAGUCCAUUUUGAUUGCA